AUGGGUCACUCGCACGGUUUGAGAGCCGGCACUCGGUAUGCCUUCAGCCGCAACUUCAAGGAGAAGGGUCAGAUCGCCCUGUCGACCUACCUGAAGACCUACCGGGUUGGCGACAUCGUCGAUGUCAAGGUUAACGGUGCCGUUCAGAAGGGUAUGCCCUACAAGGUCUACAACGGAAAGACCGGUGUUGUCUACAACGUCACCAAGUCCUCCGUCGGUGUCCUCCUCUACAAGGUCGUCGGCAACCGCUACAUGGAGAAGCGCAUCAACGUCCGCAUCGAGCACGUCAAGCACUCCCGUUCCCGCGAGGACUUCAUCAAGCGCGUCAAGCUGAACGCCGAGAAGAAGCGCCAGGCCAAGGAGCAGGGUGUCCACCUCCACCUUAAGCGCCAGCCCGUCGGCCCCCGCGAGGCUCACACCGUUGAGGGUUCCGCCCCCGAGACCAUCACCCCCAUCCCCUACGACACCCACAUUUAAACGAAUGAUAUCUGGUCGUUUGCGGUUGCUUGGUGUUUCUGGGUUUUGCAUCUGGGGGUUAACCUUUGCAUUAAGAUGAGAUGAAGCAGGGUUCCCGGGUGUACUAGCACACCUUGAUCUUGUGCAUAGAUUCCCCUGAAUGAAAGAAAAAACAAAAUUUUCAUUUCCUUGUUCAAAAGCACUCCAACACAACCUGCGCCCAUCGCCGAGCUGCCAUGAAUUUAUUCCGCACGUCUUCACAAGGACCGCUGGCGGUUGCCCCGCCAUCACAAGACAAGAGCCGACGAAUUCCACACCCCCGAAUUCAUCUCCGACGUUCUGCUCUGUUGGAGGUCAAUAUCGUCUUUGUCAUGUCAUCGGAUUGCCAACGCCCGAUCUUAUGCUGGGAUACCCGAACCGCUGCAUACUCAGUCGUUGUACCGAUACGCCCUGUAAGGCCAGCGCCUCAUCCAAAGCUCCUCCAAUCGUGUGCGCUCUCCAUAU